AUGUCAGAAGAAUCAAGUUUAGAACAAUUAAGAGAAGAGAUUAUUCAAAAGAGUAAAGAAAAGCAACAAGAUCAAUUUAAAGAGAAACCAUCAUCAUACAAUGCAGUUGCACAUGACUAUACAGAAGAGAAUGAAAGAGCAACUGCAAGAGUAAAGAAAGCAAACUAUGUCAAUGUAAAUGAUAACCCAAGUAUAACAAAUAAAACACCUCAACAAUUGAAAUUAAUAGAAUUAAGAAAGAAAUUGAAUAAUACAAAAAAAGAUAUAUAUCAAACAGUAAUUGAUGAACAUGAUAGAAUACAUAAUAAAGGUAAAGAUGAAUUGGAAGAAAAGAAAAGAUUGUUUUUGGAAAAGAAGGAAAUGAUGGAAAGAGAGAUUAAAGCAGAUGGAGGAGACCCUGAAAGAGAAAAAUUAAAGAUGGUAUUGGCAUCGGAUAUCAAUAUGAAUGCAAUAGAAAAAAAGAACAAACAAAAAAAGGAAAACAAAAAUGAUGGUGCCAAAAACAUCGAUGCUCAUAUCCAUACUUCCUACAAAAAGAGAGUAAAGAGUAUGCAAACAUUCAAAGAAUCUGAUCAUUUUAAACAUGCCGCCAAAGAUGAUAAAAUUAUUGGUGAUUUGGAUCAUGGAAAAGAUUCAUUUGUACCAAAAGAAAAUAUUAAUGCAAUGAAACAAGAAUUACUUAAAACGUAA